GACAUCUAAUGAAAUCGUUGCGUGAUCAUUUGUUUUUCGUAGAAUACACACUAUUUCUCUUUUCGAAAAUAACGUUUCAAAAAAAUACCACAUAAGGUGCUAAAUUUUGACAAGAUACAAGCAUAAAGCAAAUGCAAAUUAUGAUUGUUAUUCUUUUUCUUAUUACUUUUUCUUUUACUUUUUCGGUAUCAAAUGGAGAUUAUUUAAGGAGGUUACAAACAUUAGAAUCAAAGUUAGAUGAUAACACUGAAAAACUGCAAGAAAUACUCAGCCGACUUCCAAACGGAAUUUGCGCAAAGGAUAAUUUCAAAAGGCCGUCGAAAUGCCAAGAAGGAAGACCUAUUGACUGUAAUGAUAUUCCUGGUAAAUGUCCAAGUGGAGUAUAUAAGGUGUUUCCAAAGCAUACACAAGGAAUUGAUGUUUAUUGUGAAAUGAAUUUAGACGAGGGACACUGGACGCUUUUUCAAAGACGAGAAAAUGGCUAUACUGAUUUUUACCGUGGAUGGAAUGACUACAAAUCCGGAUUCGGGAACCCUAAGCAUGAAUUUUGGCUUGGCAACGACAUAUUGCACACUCUAACAUCACGAGGGAAGUAUGAAAUGCGGAUCGAUUUAUUCGAUUUUGAUGGAAACAAUGCAUUUGCAAAAUACAAAGAGUUUAGAAUUGGAGAUGAAAGUUCGAAGUUCAAACUAACCGCAAAUGGGUAUUAUGGCACUGCAGGUAACAGCUUGGAACAUCACAAUGGCAACCGCUUUUCAACAAAGGAUAGCGAUAACGAUAAUAACUCUCAUCAUUGUGCUACCUUGUAUCGCGGCGCCUGGUGGUUUAAUAGCUGUGUAUCAGCUGAUCUGAAUGGUCAGUAUUUCCUGAAGACACCAGAUGGACAUCAUCGAGGUGUUCACUGGCAUAGUUGGAAAGGAACCAUGUAUUCUUUGAAAGGCUCAUUGAUGAUGAUGCGUAGAUUGUCAAUUUAAGAUACACAUAUAUUAACAAUUCAAAAAAAUGAUUAGUAUUUAAUUUAGAAGUAUGGUGUAUUUUUCCUUUUUUGUAUCACAACGCAGUAGUUGGUCAAAAAGACUCGAGCAUCACUGAAUUAAGAGAGAUUUAAUGUCGUAAUGCGCGUCUGGUCCAAUAAAAUAUGUACCGUUAAUGUUAUAAUUGUGUGUAAGAGCGCUGACAAAAAAAAAACUGACCAGAUGGGCAUAAAUGAAUAGAAAGAAUAGACACUCACUUGUAUAUAUAUAACAAUAUAGUAACCCAAAUACGAGACCAUGCCAGUCUUGACAUUCGACACUUAUUUCAUUUUCAUGGUUGCAUGCGCAUCGUAAGGUUUACCCUUUUCAAUUUGUAGACAUUAAGACAGCUACAACGCCUGUUGGAUUUAUUAGUGCAUAAGAUCUGUUAAACUAUGCAGUUUUGUUUUGUGUUUAUUAUUAAAACAAUGUUUAAGAAGGAGACAGUCCAUUAUUUGAAUCACUUUCCCCGAUGAAAUGUUGAAGACCAAGAAAUCAGAUGGAAUGUCAAUAGGUCGGGAAAGGUGAUUUUUACACCCAGAUUUUCGCGGUAGUAUAUUUUUUAUAAAGCUAUCAAGUUUAUAAAUUCUACUGUAAAUAUUCCAUAUUGCCUAAAUAACCUAGACCUAUUAAAAAGGAUGGCAAUUCUACUUUUUUGUUCAA